AUGGACUUUAGAAAUAUCAAGGACCAGGUAAUAAGUUAAGCCGUGUCACUCAGUGUUGUAAAAGUAACGGUACGUCCUGCCGACGGCUGGCUAGUCCUGUUAGCGAAAUGUCGAGCAAAGUUUGAUGCAAAGCUAUUACAUGUUCCUGAUAACUUCAUUCACAAAACUAAAUGAAUAUCAGUUUUCUGUGUGAUUUGUUAAAUGCAUGUACCCACGAGUGGGCAUUCAGAUGUCCACCGCCGGAUGAAGUCUAAAUCCUGAUCAAUGAAAGACAGAUUAUUUCUGUUGUAGUGUUUUCUAUGCAAGAUCGGAUUAAGUGGGUCGUUUCUACGAUCCCCAAGAAAGUACUGCACCUUCACAGACAUAGGAUGUGGGGUUUUGCACGACAAUUGUUCUCUUUAGACUUAUAACAGUACUAUAAAGUUUUUCGAAAUGUCCUCAACUUUGGUGAAGCUGGUUGCAUUGUUUAUACUCCUCCUUAAAAGCCCCUAAAACCAACACAUUCAGCAGCCUUGUAUUCAGCAAGUUUGCUGAGAAAGUAGCUGAGAUCCUGUGCCGAGGCUGUUUGUUUUGCAUCUUGUUGCUUUCCCCCCCAACUGUUAAUCAGAGUUGCAUUCAAAUUUUAAUGAUUACAAAUGAACUAUAACUCCUAUUUUUCAUUCUGUUGUUCCCCUUUUUUCCCCUCAAAUCUCGCUUUCAGUCUCCAUUGGUCCAGGCCAUAUUCAACAGAAAUGCAGAAGAAGUGACAUUUUUGUUGAACCACAAUGAAGAUGUCAAUUCACCGGUAAGAUCUAUCAGAACCUCUCUGUGCAGCUGUGAAGUAAACUUGAUUGCAUUAUGGUUAGGUGGAGUUUACCCAAGUUGAACUCCUUGUACCUGUGCACAUACUUGACCAUUAAAAUUUGUACAUGUUUUAGCAAAGUUGGGGAAUACCUCAAAUCUUUUUCACCACCUGAAGCAGUGCCAUGCGGCAGAGCACAUGCAAUGCAAAAGGUUACAAACCCCAAGUGGAGCAAGGAGCCCAUGGCGCCUGUGGAGCCAAAACAGCCGACCAUUCAGUCCGCAUUUUCUAGCGCAACGCCUUACUACAAAACGUGAAAGAGACACAAAGAUCUCACAGAUGCAGUAGCUUAUUGUAUGGCAAAAGACAUGCUACCAAUAAGCACUGUUAAAUUUCAUUUUUUAUAUUGUGAUAUACAUCAAUAUCGACUGAUAUGAAAAAAUAUAUUGUGAUAAACUUUUUCCAAUAUCACCCAGCCCUAUUCUGGACCUUAUAUUAUGCUUGUAAAGAUGUUUCAGUGAGCCAAGUGUUAAUCAAAGCAUAUUGAAGUUGUUUUUGCUAUUUAUUUAUUUGCUAUUUAAUGUACUUUUUCAGGACCAAGAGCAAAGUACACCCCUUCAUGCUGCUGCUUAUUUGGGUGACGUCCACAUUAUGGACCUACUCAUUACUUCGGGUAGGAAAACUGUUACAAUAGUUUGAUAUUGUCAAGAGUCGUAAUGAAAUUUUUUAUUAGGAAGCCUUUGAUCAGUUAAGAUGAAUGAAUUUAGUACAGAGGAGCUAAAACCGACCAAAAACACUCCUAAGGAAAAGUACGUUUGCCUUUGCUUCCUGCCACAGGUGCACAUGUCAAUGCCAAGGACCAGGGUUCAUUGACACCUUUACAUCGAGCUGCUGCCUCAAGAAAUGAAGUAUGUUACCAUUUUGAAAACAGAAAUACAAGAUUUUCUAAGGAAUUGAAGACAAAUUAUAACAUUUUGUCUUUUCUCUCAGAGGGCAGUGGAGCUGCUACUUCAGCACGGAGUGGAGAUCAACACACGGGAUAGGUUCUGGCACUCGCCUUUACACAUGGCGGCAGCAAACUGGGCCACAGGCUGUGCUUCUGCUCUAAUACCACAUGUGCGUAGCCUAGAUGUUCCUGACAGGUCGGGCAGAGCACCACUGCAACAUGCAGCGCACAGUGGCCAUGGAGAGGUAAGAGUCUUUUUUUGUUUGUAUUGGAUAUGCCAUAUCUUAUAACUAUAAUUUCAUAGUUAACAUAGUUGGAAAGUAGGCACGCUUGUUGUUAUAAUAUUGAUAUUUGUUAUAUUAUUGAUUAAGUUUUUUAACAAUGUGUGCUCCUCCCUUAAAGAAUAAGGGCUGAAACGUGUUUGAAUAAAAUUGUUAUCUGCGUAACGUCUCCCUAGAUGGUGGGCUUGCUCUUGACCAAAGGUGCCAGUGUGAGUGCCAAAGACAAGAAGGAUAGGCAGGCAAUCCACUGGGCUGCAUACCUGGGUAAGACUGUUGUCACAUAAUUUGACAAAUGUUACAAAGAGUAAAUAUCACAAAAUAAAAUAAAAACAACAACAAAAAAAACUCCUAAAAAAAAGCUGAUUGUUGUGUACUGAAAAAAAAAAUCAAUUAAGUAUAACACAAAAUACAUUUUUCUUUGCAGGUUAUGUGAUGUCCAUAAUUUCAAAAUUAAGUUUGUACAAAAAAUCUGUGUAAACAAGGUCAAAUUUGGAUAGAUAUUUUAUUAAUUAAUGUUUGCCUUUUUGCAUACUGACCAGCAGUAGUAAGCAAGUCCUGUGUGCCGAUAUGUGCUGUGCAUAAAUAAUGCUUUAAGUAAAGUUUUUUGUUUGUUUGUUUGUUUUUUUAGGACAUGUUGAGGUUCUGAAGUUGCUGCUGUCGCACGGCGCCGAUGUGAUGUGCAAGGACAAACAAGGUUACACUCCACUUCAUGCUGCAGCAGCUGGUGGACAGUUGGACGCGGUCAAAUACUUAUUAAAACUAAUGGCAGAGGUGAAGAGGCCUAAUCACAUUACUAAAGUACAGAAUAGUAUUUAAUAUCCGCAAGGACAUUUUUUGCAAUAUUACUGGGUCUGCACUUUCCUGCUGCAGACAAGGCUCUUAUUAUUCAAAUCUCUAGAAGUUUUUUUUUACUUAUUAAUUUGUGUUUUCCCUCCGUUUUUCAGACUGACGAACCCAACCUUUUUGGGAAUACAGCACUUCAUAUAGCCUGCCACACGGGGCAGGAUAUGGUGGCCACUGAGCUGGUGAACUGUGGUUCCAACAUCAAUCAGCCAAACCACUUUGGCAGCACACCGCUGCAUUUGGCUGCCGCCUCUGCCAGCGGGGUGCUGUGUCUCGAGCUGCUGAUCAACAAUGGUGCUGAUGUCAACGUGCAGGUUAAGAACUUGUUGAAAUAAGUGCUUCUGAAAGGGACAGCAAAAGGAGGAUUUGCACUAUUGAUGUGUGGCCAUUAGCAAAAACAUUGAAACAGCAGCCUAAAUGGUUUAGAGUCGUCUUUUAACAUGUUUUCUUUCUUUGAUGAACAGAAUAAAGAAGGGAAGAGCCCUUUGCACAUGGCUGCCAUGCAUGGGCGCUUCACAGGCUCCCAGAUUCUGAUCCAGAAUGGUAAAAGAAAUUAAAAACAUGUUCAAACUAUCCACAAGAUUCUCUGAAUUACUUAUACUCAAGACUCUUCUGUUUUAUAUCAGAACAUGUCGUCAGUAAAGUUUAAUAUUUUUUCUUGCUGCACACAGGUGGAGAAAUUGACUCUGUUGACAUGUAUGGAAACACUCCUCUUCAUGUUGCUGCCAGAUAUGGACAGGAGUUACUGAUCAGCACUUUGUUGACAAAUGGUGCUGACAAGACCAGGUUUGUCCAGCUAAACCUAAUAUUGUUUCAUCUUUUCUUCCUCGUUUGCAAUGUGAUUCUUUCGCACAGUCACAAGUCUCCUCUCUAAGUGCUUGAAAUGAUAAAUUCAUGAAGCAUGUCAGCUGUGCACAAAAUCUUCGCAAGACUUCUUAUGCUUGAUAAUAUUUUAAGAUCAUAAUCAAGAGGUUCCCCUGAUUUUUUUUUUUUUAAAACGUAGAGAAAAUAGAAAUCAUUCAUGUUAAAUGAUUUUGGUGUUGAUCUUAAGACAGGGGGUUGAUGGGAUGCUUCCUCUCCAUUUGGCGGCUCUGUAUGGGUUUCCAGAUUGCUGUCGGAAGUUACUGUCGAACGGUGAGAGUCUGUGGGCGUUGUGCUUUUCCUCUUUUUACAUUUUGGUUGCCGUCACAACUCGAAAUAUUUUCACCUAAAAGUGUCUUUUUCUGAUCCCUCAGGUCAGUUUUAUAUCAUGCCUUCUCAGAUGUCAACAACAGGGUUUGAUAUUAACAUGUUAGAUGACCACGGAAGGACGUGCCUGCAUGCUGCUGCUUCUGGAGGGUGAGCUUUUAACAUAAACACACACAUAUUGUUUUAAUUAUUAAUAUUAAAUUUUUUGCAUGUUUCACUGGAGCUAUUUUUUAUUUGUGUUUAUGUUUAGCCAGAGUUGUGUUUUGUGUAAGGCUAUAGAGCAUUUGCAUGCUAGUUGUCAUUUUUCUUAUAUUGUAGAGGUGAAAUGAUUUUGUGUUUAGUUGCUUUUCAUUGACCAAAUAGGAGUAUUUAAUAUUUUGUCCCUGUGUCUGCUGAUUAAAAACUUAAAGAGUGAAUCCGAAUUAAACUUUCAGCAUAAUUACUUUAAAGCUUUCACACCUAAUCAUCCAAAUUUAACUCUGCUACCAUUCACAAAGUAUUUUCGGUUUUCAAAACCCAGCUAUUUGGAUAUUAAAUCAAACAAAUUUUUGAAGAAAAACUAUGUAAAUCCUUUGAUUCCCAAUUCUUAAAUGUGAUUAUUUUCAUGUUAUUUCUUUCUUUCUAUAACAGUAAACAGAAAAUCUCUGUUACAAAUAAAACCUCUUAAAACCUCAUUUUUGGUUUAAAAAAACACAGAUCAACAAAUUGCACAAUUACCCGUGACUUUAUUGAUCAAAUAACAGAUGAAUUACCAGAAAAGUGAACAACUGGUUUGUUGACAUUGAAAGUAAUUGUUAGUUGCAGCUCUAAUCAGCCUUACUUUCUUGAAUGUCUUUUUGUGUGACAGGAACGUGGAGUGUCUAAACUUGCUGUUGAGUAGUGCUGCCGAGCUGGACAUAAGAGAUAAUUUAGGAAGGUAAGGAGUGCUAAAUGUCUUAAGCUAAGAUUAUUUUUCUCUGCUCUGCUGCGACCUGAUUUCACAGCUGUCUUUUCUCCCGUUGCACAUCACAGGUCUCCUUUGCACUAUGCUGCAGCUAAUGCUAACAGCCAGUGCACAAUCUCUCUGGUGAGAGCCGGCGCUCAGGUCAACGAGCUGGACCUGACUGGCUGCAGCCCUCUGCACUACGCUGCUGCUUCACACACCUUUUGUGGGUAAGAAAGUAUUUGCUUUUUCAAUUAUAUUAAUCGUGAGUAAACUAGAAUGACAACGCUGAGAACAUUUCUGAUGAUUCUCUUUAAUUCACAGAGAGGACGCAAACCCUGAGCCUCACUACAGUUUGGAAAGGGAACAUGAAGCCUCUCUGUAUGUUGCAUAUUUACCAUAAAACACAUCUUGUUAAUGAUUAUUGUCUUCAUGCCGACACAUCGAGCUGCUCUUUUCUCUCAGACAGUGAAUAACGCUUACAGGAUAGUUCAGGUCUGUGUUUGUGUUUGUGUUUAACAGCAAAUCACUGAGUUAUUUAAUGUAAAACUGAGAACCAAAAUAAUCAGUCAAAUCUCUGCAACCAUUAAGCAAGAGUAAAAAUAAAAGAAAAUGUCCGACUGAAUGAGUUAUUAGCUUUUUUCUUUUUUAUAGAAUAUGAUAUAAACAGGAAUGAAGUUCUAUUUAGGUUCUUCCUUAUUAAAAGCUAUUAAACUUUUACUUUAUUGAAACAGACAUUUUUCUUUUUUUGUGAUCAUGACUACGUCCCAAAAACAUUUGCAUGGGAGUGUUUAUAAAGAAAUCGGCAUAAUAUCUGUCUUACAUUAUUUUGUAUUACUGUAAGAAAAAUACUUAGCAGUACUCUUAAUACUCUGCUCUCUGUGUUCAGGUGCUUAGAUUACCUCCUCGACAAUGGGGCAAACCCGACUCUGAAGAACAGCAAGGGUUACAGUGCAGUUCACUAUGCAGCAGCGUAUGGGAACAAGCAGCAUCUGGAGCUGGUCAGGCCUUCAUUUUUUUCCGCUCCUUCCUCUAAAAUAGGAGAAUAUAACUGUUUUAUGUAAUCAUGCGUCCUCUGUCACUUUUGUAGCUUCUGGAAAUUUCAUUCAACUGCCUGGAGGAGGCUGAAAGUAAUAUUCCAGUCAGUCCUUUGCACUUAGCUGUAAGUACCUGUGAUCACAAUUAACACAAUCAUGUGACUUUUCAACAAGAUGGCACAUUUUAUAGACCUGUAACUACUCUGUUCUUGUAUAUUCUAUUGAUCCAGGCAUAUUAUGGUCACUGUGAGGCGCUCAGUCUGCUGUCCGAGACAUUGGUGAGUCUGGACGUGCGGGACAUUGAGGGUAGAACUGCACUCCAUUUGGCUGCACAGAGAGGUUUUGCCCCCUGUGUGGAAGUGCUGCUGGAGCAUCAAGCCUCCUUCACACUGAAAGAGCACAAGAAAAAAUGGACUGCUUUCCAUGCUGCAGGUGUGUGUGUGUAUGUGUUUGUGUAUGUGUGUGUGUGAAUUCUUGAUUUGUGUGUUCGAGCCUUGGGUGUUAAAGAAACCAACUUGCAAUAAGACUGAAAAAUAUACUGUAUACUUGGUUUUGGUGUUGGUUUUGUGGUUAUGUGAGAUGACUAUGAAAAAAAUUGGUCUCCUUCAAUUUAUAAUCUAAUUCAUUGAGUCUCUGUUGAUUUUUUUUCUCUCUUACUUUUUCUUCUGUGCAGCUGCUGAGGGCCAAAUGGAUUGUCUGCUUUUGUUGGUCAACAGGGAACACAGUGCUGAUGUCAUUGACAGUCCAGAUACACAGGGACAGUGAGUCACCUAAAAGUUUAUAUUUUGACUGUUAUUAUUUAAUUAGAUACAAACAACAUAUUCACAGCUGUCUAUUCAGUAGUUUAACCUGAAACUUAUCAGAAUACUUGUUCAUGGUAAGACUUAACUGACAAUGUGACGUCAUCAGUUAAAGGGAUAUUCCGGCAUAGAAUAAAUUUAGGGUCAAACACCGUAACACUGAGUUAGACACCCCGUCGAGAGAUGAGUGUUGCUGACCGCUUGCUUCUCUAGUUAUACCAACUUUAGUAAUGACCACAGGAUAGCAGUACACAGCAGUCUUAGGAGCCACACACAAGCCUCAACCAAAACACCACGCUACAGCCACAAAUAAUGCUCAGAACAGCACCUAACUUCAUCAACAGAACAUAUCGGGUCCCAGCCAUAGUACUAGCCACCAAACAUCUUUUUUACUUUGCCUGAUUUCUUUAGCAAAGAGACUAAACGCAGCUCACCUACUCUCUUCCAGCUCCCGCUUGUUUGUGGCAAGACCUCGGGCCAGUCCAUUACAGACUGCUGUGGGGGGACACAGCUCAAGGGAGAACAUUUGUGAUCAUUACUUUAUCAUUUCCUUGAAGUAAUAAUCACCAUAUUAAUCAUUUUGCACUGCAGACGUGGUAGUUCUUCUGUCUUAGGGUCUCGGUCUGAUUGCAUUUCCAUGAAGAAAUGAUCAUAAAUGUUCUUCCUUGAGCUGCGUCACCCCCUGUAGUCCGUAAUGUACUGGCCCGAGGUCUCUGUACAAACAAGUGGCUGCUGGAAGUGAGUGGGUGGGUUGUGUUUCGUCUCUUUGCUAAAGAAAUUAGACAAAGUGAAAAAGAUGUUUGGUGGCUAGUGCUGUGGCUGGGACCCUGUAUGUACUGUUGAUGAAGUUAGGUGCUGUCCUGAGCAUUAUUUGUGGCUGUAGAGUGGUGUUUUGGUUGAGGCUUGUGUGUGGCUCCUAAGACUGCUGUGUACUGCUAUCCUGUGGUCGUUAAGUUGGUAUAACUAGAGAAGCAAGCAGUCGGCAACAUUCAUCUCUCGAGGGGGUGUCUAACUACGUGUUACGGUUUGUUUUGACCCUAACUUAAUUUUACACCAGAAUAUCCCUUUAAGUCUGCGUUUGACUCAAAAUCAACUCUCAUAGAUGUUUUAAAACAAACACUGUUUGUUGCUGAUUUUAUUAGAAUAUUGGAGUGAAGGAACUAAAUUCUACAUGCAGCAAAACUCUUAAGUGAUAUGGUCAUAUGGCUGCAAAUUUCAGGAAAAUAAGGUCUAUUUUAGCAGUCAACUCAUGUUUGUUUUUGUCCGCUGUAGGACGGCUCUCAUGCUGGCAGCUCUUGGACGUCACACCGACUGCGUCCACAUCCUUCUGGAGAAGGGUGCAAAGGCUGACGCUGUAGACAAAAAGGGUUUCACAGCGUUACACAGAGCUGUAGGUGUAUCUGCUGCACUUGUGUUUGAACAUUUCCCUGUGCAUACUUUUGUGUCCACAUCUAUGUUUCUCUCGCAUGUCAUAAUUUAUGUACUUCCUUGCAGGCCAUGUUGGGCAGUGAGGACUGUGUAUCUGCUUUGCUGGAGCAUGGAGCCUCUGCGCUCUGUAGAGACUCUCAGGGAAGGACCCCGCUGCACCUUGCAGCAUCCCUCGGCCACAUAGAGCUUCUCAAAUCUUUGUUAAAGGCUGCUGUGAAAACUGACCCUCUGGACUCCAUAUUGGACUACAGAGGCUACACACCCAUACACUGGGCCUCACACCACGGUGAGGCACGGCAAGAAACAGAUAGAAACACCACCUUGUAUUACCAUUUUGGUGUUGUAAUAUUUCCUUUCAGUGUGAAAUGAUUCACAUUAUUACCACUACCUUGCUAAGAUUGCAAUAUUGGGUUUUUAUCCUCUUGGCUCCGCAGGACGAGAGGGAUGUCUAAGGAUUUUACUUGAAAACAAACUUUUAAGCAACCAAGAAGGGAAUCUCUUCACCCCAUUGCACUGUGCUCUGUGAGUAAUCUCAGUGGACCAAAAUCAGACUGAUAACUUCACUGUGGCAUGUUAAAACUGACGUCUUUCCCUCGUGUUCAGAGUUAACGGACAUGAUGAUGCCGCUGAACUUCUCGUUAAGAUAAUCGGCCCCCAGAUUGUUCAUGCUAGCGAUGCCAAAGGAAGGUGGGUUCAGCUUUAUCUCAUGUGACAGUGCAGGUACAGAUUAUGAAGGAUGUCUUUACUGAAGUAUUUUUAUUUUUCUUGUGAGAUUUAAGUUUACAGGCAGCUGUUAAACAUCUUAUACAUGCAGUAAAGACUCUUUUGAGAAGUCAGUAUUAUCUCAGUUGAUGUUUGAUCUUGAGUGGUUGUUUUUUCAUUUCAAAAUUGAUGAUCUUUAUGUUUGUUUAUAUUUUACAAGGCUAAAAUGAUUGUGAAAUUGCAAUAUUUUGUUGCCGUCAAAGGAGCAUUAAACGGUAAAAGACGUUACACUGGAGGAAUGAAAACGCAAACUUUGCAAAUUGUGAUAGACUCAAACAGAAAAGUGUUUUUUUAAUGUUAAGAAGAACUGACUGCGUUGGUCCAUUCUGUGUUAUCACUUUUUGUUGUAUGGUUGCAGGACCCCGCUGCAUGCAGCUGCUUAUUCAGGAAAUGUUGCUGGGCUCCAGCUGGUCCUGGCCCAAUCAGCUGAUGUCAAUGUUGUGGACCAUCGUGGGUGCUCUGCUCUGAUGAUUGCUGCUGAGUGCGGACAUACAAGAGCUGUUGGUAUGUGGUUGAAAUAAUUGUACUGUUUGCUUAUAAUGAAUGUCUUUAAUCUAAGAAAAACCUGAAGACAUAAUUUUUAGACUAGAGACAUGCAAACUGAUUGUGUCCUAGAUUUUUUUUUCUCUGUAUUUUUGCUUUUAGUGGGUAGGUAUCAUAGUUUUGACCCUUACAAUCCACUUAAGUUUACUCUCAAAUCUCUGCACCACUGAUCCUUGUUGCACUGAUUUUAAGUUUCAACACCUAAAUGCUAAAUGCUGAAAGUCUUGUGUGAAAAUGGAAAUAUGUGGUGAUAUCUACCCUGUGUCUGCUUUGAAAGGUGUCUUAUUUUCUGUAUUUCAGAGUUCUUGCUGCACAAAGCGAAGCCCGACCUGACACUGGUGGAUGUCAAUAAUAACACUGCCCUUCACUUAGCCUGCAGCAAGGUCACAUACACAUACACAAGCAUGAACCGUGUGCAUGCACAGGCACAAUAACAGUAGCAUGUGUGUAACAAUAUUGUGUAAUAUUGAUUUAAAGACUUCCAGAGGAGGUUACAACCUGCUAAAAUAUGAUCUAUUUUCUGCUGAUAUUUUUGUUUUCAAGUGUAAACAUAUUUAAUUUAAACUGUGUGAAUGAACUGGUAGCAAAUUAGCAACAGCCAUAAACUCUGAAAAGACUGUAAGGAGUGAGAAUUUAGCUAAUGUGCUGUGAUGAUGCUACUCUUACUGGAAUUCUUACGGUGCGUUCGAGUUACCUCAGAAGUCAGAUGUCCGAGCAGGGAAUGACGUCACACCCGAGUUUCCAGCGUUUCAGUUACCAAGUCCGAAAAAAGCACAAUCGGAGGCGGAAACAAGAUGGCCACAUCCACGAAAGUCAUUUUAGCGCUUGCCUUGUCCUUGCUUAUAUUCGGACAAGGCAAGCACUAAAAUAACUUUCGUAAAUGUGCCAUCUUGUUUCCGCCUCCGAUUUUGCUUUCUUCCGACUUAUGCUGGUAACUCGGGUGUGACGUAAUUCCCAGCUCGGACAUCUGACUUCCGAGGUAACUCGAACGCACCAUUCAUAUCAAUUUGAGUUAAAAGGCAGGAUUGAUUACAUAAAAAGAAAAACACUUUAACAACUUUUGUGAUGCUUGGACAGCUCUUACAUUUUUCUGUAACACAUGAUCUCUUGUAACAAUGUGUCUGAUUGUGCAGGGUCAUGAGAUGUGUGCUCUGUUGAUCCUCGGAGAGAUCGGUGACUCCUCUCUCAUAAAUGCAACAAACAGCACCCUCCAAAUGUAAGUUUUUGUUAACUUGCUGGUAGACAAUACACUAGGAUAGUUCAGGGUAUUCACAAUUGUGUCUGUGGAAGAUUUAGCAAUUUGAAUUGUCAUUAAAUUGAUUGUUACAUGGAAAAAAAAUAUGUAACAAGUACAACAGAUUUUGAAAACCAAAGUAUAACAUUACGAAUUCAAAAUAAAGUAAUUAUUUGCUUAGAAAUGUCCCAUAUAUACCUCAAUGAACAGUUCUAAUGCUUAUACACUGUCUUUGGAUCUUCUGGCUAUUCAUUUAAGAUACUUUUAUGUUCAGUUCUCUUUCUGUUUCUCUUGAGAAUAAAAUGUGAAGAAAAAAAAACUGGGGUGAGAGUGGUGAAAAGACAAAGCCAUCCUGGUACAAAAAUUUGUUUUAAAGUUUCAAGGAAACUGUGUUUGUCCCUAAUAGUUCUGCAUUUCAAUAUAUCACUCAAUGUUACAUAAUUGUCUGCCCAAGCAAUCUGUGACAGAUCUGUCUGUUCUUCUCACACAGGCCCCUUCACAUUGCAGCGAGGAGAGGCUUGGCGACUGUAGUGCAAGUGUUACUGAGCAGAGGAGCAGCAGUCAUGGCCGUAGACGAGGAAGGUAAUCAGGGUUAAUUAUAUCAUAUGAUUGAAUACCAUGGAAGCCAUGUUUCUUAUUUAAAAACUAUUAGUCAGUGCCAUCUUGUGGUCAUGAUGUUCCUGUUCGCCCUCUGCAGGACACACACCAGCUCUGGCCUGCGCCCCGAACAAGAAUGUGGCAGACUGUUUGGCCCUGAUCCUCUCAACCAUGAAGCCUUUCCCACCCAGAGAGGCCGCUGCUGGUGCAACCUCUCACUAUAACUCCAUCCUAAACUGUGGCAUCAAUUCCACUUGCGGGUCCAAUGGUAACCUGUGUCAUGCCUAA